AUGAGCAUCUUUCAUUCCGAUCCUAUCCUAGUUCAUCUCCGAGAGGAAGCCAUUAAUCGGGAUGAAUGGGCCUCAACUAGGUUCUUUUCGAGAUACUUCGCUCGACAUAUCUUCUCCGAGAUUGAGUGGAUUCACGGCACCGAGGUGCCUCCUCGAGAGCACCAUUCUCAGUUGCGGAUGGAUAUUGCUGUCCAACACUAUUCGACUGGCCAGAGAACGUUGAUGUUUCGGUUGAUUGGGCAGGCAAAGAAAGGACGCGCUACUCCAGCGAAAAUCGUCGAGGUCGAAACUCAGGCCUACCAAUUAUGCCAAGCGUACAUGAUCGACAAGAGUAUACGAUCAGUCUGGGCAAUAACCUACUUUGGUUCCAAGGCUCGUUUGUGGGCAUGUGAGCUCAAAGGUUCUGGCUGGCUGGAUCCAUUUUAUCCUCUCGAGGGGGGACAUGGCGAAAGAGAUGCCUAUAGGGACAUCCUUGAGUUCGAAACCGAGUUUCUCUGGGCAUUUCAGAAGAUCAAGGCCAUUGCUGUACCAGACCCCGAAAGCUUCGACGAUAUCUAUGCCGAGGAAGGGAACACCACAGUCACACAAACCCUUGCUGGCUCAUCCUACAAUCAAUCUUCCACUCAGGCCUACCAUCUCGAUGGAUCUUCAGCGCAGUCCUAUGAUGCAUCCAUGGACGUCGAUACGGAGCCGACUUCCGCGUUCACUCGCACAGCUCAAAACGGCAGCAAAGUAUCUGUUCGCUGCAGCAAGUGGGACAAGGCAAUUAUCAUCAACAGAGAUGGCAGCCGGAACACGGGCUUUAUCGCGGAAACAACGAAUAACAAGUACCGAACAUGGGAUGACCCGACCGGCAAGGGCAAGGGGAAAAGCCACGGAUUAGUUCAUUAG